UCUACCAGUUGCAAUUGUUUCUGUAUACAUCUUGGACUAAAUAAUGUCAGAGUAUCAAAUGUCGUUUCUUUUUAAUGAACAUAAUUUAUCAAAUUAAUUGUCAAUGUUAUAAUAUUAUUAUAAAAACGUGUUCAAAUGCAAUUUUUGUGUAUGUGCAAUAAUGUUUGAAUCAACGAAAAUUAAUGACUUAAAUUUAACAAGAGAUGUAAGUCUAACCUCAAACAACAGACAAUAGGAAUAGUUAUUUGGUUUAAUUUUUGAAAACAUAUUUAAAAAAAAUGUAUACAUUUAAGCCAUUUGUGUUUAUGAAUCAUAAGGCAAAAAGUUAUGAAAAACCAAAAGCGCGUAGUGGUCAUAGAAUUGUAUGCGAUGAAUAUAAUUUAUAUUCAUAUGGUGGUUUUAAUCCAAGUAUAACCAAUGAUGAUCCAGAUAUGCAAAAUGAUCAUACAUGGACUGAGAGUAGGCCUCUAUUUAAAGAAUUGUGGAAAUUUAGUCUUGCAACACAACAAUGGAAACGUUUACCAGGUCAGGAGAGAAUGCCAAAUGAAUUAGCUUCAAAUGCUGUUGUUUUAAAAGGGAAUACAUUAUUGGUUUAUGGUGGUACUGGUGUGCCAUUUGGUGAAAGUUGUAGUAAUCAACUAUACAGUUGUAAUAUAAAUGAUGGUGAAAUGUCAAUUGUUAAUGCAACGGGUGAUUUUCCCGAACCACAAUAUGGACAGGCAGUUAUUUGUGAUGGUCCAUUUCUUUAUACAGUAGGUGGUACAAGUGGUUAUGAAUAUACAUGUGAUAUUCAUCGUUUUGAUUUGAGAACAAAAUCAUGGGAGGCUGUUUAUAUUUGCGCUGGUCGUGAUCCACAUGAACCAAAAGGAAGAUACAGACAUGAACUUGCAUUUGAUGGUAAAAGAAUUUAUGUUUUAGGUGGUGGAACAGCAAUGGAGGCUUUUGGUUUUGUUAAAAUACCAGCGUACGAUUUGAAGACAAAUAGAUGGAUGACAUUAAAUACAUUAGGUGAUACAAAUCCAAGAGGUGGUAGUCAACAGAAUUUAAAUGAAAUUCCACGUCCAAGACGUUGUCAUGGAUCUGUACAAUAUACUGAUGAAAAUACAGGUGUAACAACUGUUGUAAUAUCAGGUGGUUACAAUGGAUCGGAAGUUUUCAAUGAUAUUUGGAAAUUGGAUUUGAAAUUAUUACAAUGGACACGAUUGAAUCAAUGCAAAUUACCAAGACCUGUUUAUUUUCAUUCCACUGCAUUGACUCCAAUGGGACGAAUGUAUGCAUUUGGUGGAAUCAUCAGAAAACGUGAUGAGGCCGAGAGAACCGAUGCAGUACUAUCAGUUUGGUUGACAAUUCCAAAAUUAUCAGAAAUUUGUUGGGAAGCUAUAAAUUAUUAUUAUCCAAAUUUACAAUAUCACACGGCAGACGAUUUAUUGAGAGUUGGAAUUCCAUUGAAAUAUGUUAGAAGAUUGGACGAUUGUUAUAAUCACAAUGAACGUCAAGCUGAUUGGGUAAAAUUUUAGCCAAAAAUUCAAGGUCUAAAUAGGUGCUAUAAGAAUGUUUUUUUUUCUUUUUUUUUUUUUUAAUAA